CCCCACUUCCGCCCUCACCCCCCCACUUCCGUUCCGCUUCGCUACUUCCGCCCUCACCCCCCCACUUCCGUUCCGCUUCGCUACUUCCGCCCUCACCCCCCCACUUCCGUUCCGCUUCUCUACUUCCGCCCUCACCCCCCCCCACUUCCGUUCCGCUUCGCUACUUCCGCCCUCACCCCCCUUACUUCCGCCUUUGGCCCCGCCCCCCAAGGGCCGUUCCCGGAAGUGCCGCAUUGUCUCAACGUGACUCUAUGGAGUGAGGCUGAAUGUCGGGCGGCGCAGGGUGAUGACGUCACUGAAGGCGCCAUAUGCGCCGGGGGAGUUAAAGGGGAAGACUCGUGUCAGGGUGACUCUGGCUCCCCCUUGCGGUGUGGCGGCGCAUUGCAGGCCGUGGUUUGGGCCGGUCCGACUCCGUGUGGGCAGGACGGGAAACCGGGAUUGUACGGGGACGUGAUGUACUAUAAGGAAUGGAUACUGAGCGUCAUGGGGGCACAGAGCCACUCAUAGCGACCCAUAGAAACCCCAUAGAAACCCCAUAGAGACACAUAGGGACACAAAGAGACCCCAUAGAAACCCAUAGAGACCCAUAGAGACACAUAGAGAUUAAUAGAGCGCCCCCUAGUGGCUUGGAGGACUCAUUGCAACCCAUAGGGACACAUACAGACCCAUAGAAUCCCAUAGAGACCCAUAGGGACCCAUAGAGACAUACAGAGACACAUAGAAACCCCAUAGAGACACAU